GAUCCAUACAACGAGUUGCUCUUUCUUGGAAGCUCAAUUGCUGGAGUGGGCUUAAAAGAAGGGUUCUUGCGAUUAUGAAUGUCAGCAUCUCCAUGAUUUCUAACAUUCUUUCCUUCUUUUUGAAUGGCUUCCGCAAGUUAGAUGAGAUUAAUACUUUGUUUGGACGACGAUAAAGUAAUUAAAGCUUUUUAAAUUAUGAUUUUAUAAGAUAACAAUUUCAUCAAGAAAAAAACUAUUCUCACAGUACCCUCGAUUAUAUGCUCAUGAUAUGGCAGGCAUAUCAUCGAGACCUGCAUCCUCUUUUCAGCUCUGCUCAUUUAAGUGAGAGAGAUUUUGCAGACUUGCUGUUCUUGGUUUUUAUUUCUUUCUUUUUUUCCCUCGAUUCUCGGGGAAUCUCAUUGUCACAUCCCUGGAUUCUUGCCGUACUUCGUGAACGUGAACCAGCGUCAGCAUUUUCAAAUUCUCCAAAAGCUAGCUUAGCUAUACCAGUUUACUUCUACUUCUAAAUCUCUACUCUCGAAGAAAAUACUUGCGCGUUUCUCGUGCGAAAUGGGUAAUUGUCAAGCUGCAGAAGCAGCAACAGUGGUGAUUCAACAUCCAGGAAACAAGAUCGAGAGGAUUUACUGGUCUGUUAGCGCUCAUGAGAUCAUGAACUCGAAUCCUGGCAACUAUGUGGCUCUUGUCGUUACAUCUCCAACGAUGAGGACAGAAAAUGGGUUGCCAUUGAAGCAGCUCAAGCUUCUUCGACCUGAGGACACCCUGAUUAUUGGGCAGGUCUAUAGACUCGUCAGUUUUGAAGAUGUGCUGAAAGAGUUUGCUUUGAAGAAAAGUGUUAAACUAGGAAAGCUGUUGAAGGACAAACGAGGGUUUGGAGUUGCAGCUGAAAUGAAGAGGAAGGACUCCGGUGGCCUGAGUUUGAAUCCAGACCCCAGUUCUAAAUCUAAGGGCUGCAGCUCUGUCAAGGUGGAGCAGGAGGUUCACCGACUGGGAAGCAAUAGUGGCAGCAGGCGCAGCAGCAGCAGCAGCAGCAGCAGCAGCAGAAGGCAUUGUGGUGGUGGGGGGCAAUGGAAGCCAGCCUUGCAGAGCAUUUCAGAGUUUGCUACUUUAAAAACACCAUAAUAACGUUGCUCUUAGCACAUACUCCAAGGGCAAGACCCUCACUCUCCUCCCUCCUCUUUUCCUAUGAAUAAAAGCAACAAAUAUAAAAAACAUGCUCUCUUUUACUUUUUAUAAACAGCACAUUACAUUAAAACUUGGCUAAAGCUGGGUUUCUAUAAGAUUUUUGGUAUUAUUAAUUUCC